UAUGUGCGCGAGAGCAUUAAGGCCUAACUACAACAUGCAUAAGCUGCCGUAUGUUACUGUCAAAAAAUGAACGAAAAGCCUGUCAAAUGCAUAACGAAUGGAGAGUAGACUUUUGAAUGACUAUAAUGUGCUUACAUGCAUAAGAAGAAAGUGUCAAAAAACAACUUGUGUUUUGGUUUUGUUUAGUUUGCAUUUUGAAAAAAUGAACAGAAAAUUAAAAUAUUUAAAAACAAUUAAAAUGCUUUCUUCUGUUUUAGAAGGAAUAAAAAUAUUGACAGAAAUUAGUGAAAUUACAAAAAAAAGAGUUCGGUCGUGUUCAGUCAGGGAAAUAAACAGAAAAAGGAAGAAGGAAGGUUUUUUUGUACGAUUCCUGCAAAUAAAGAGGAUUGACCACAAUGAUUUCUUUAUAUACACGCGAAUGACGCCACAAGUAUAUGGACUUUUGCUUACUCUUGUUGAGCCCUUUUUAAAAAAGAAUUCGUUGAGGGAGCCUGUGCAACCGGAAUGUCGAUUAGCUUUGACAUUACAAUAUUUAUCACAAGGAACUUCGUUUCAAUCGUUAGCAUGGUCAUUUCAACUGGGGAAGGAAACGGUUAGGCGCAUUAUUCUGGAGACAGCUGAAGUCCUUUGGACAAAGUUAGGCGCUGUGUAUGUAUCUGAGCCUAAUGAAGAAGAUUUCAAGCAAAUUUCUCAAGACUUCUGGGAACUGUGGAAUAUGCCCAACUGUGUUGGAGCUAUUGAUGGGAAGCAUAUCGCUAUUCGAUGCCCACUUAAAAGCGGUAGUCAAUUUUUCUGCUACAAAAAAUUUUUUUCUAUUGUGUUGUUAGCAGUAUGUGAUGCACGAUAUCGGUUUACCUAUAUAGAUAUUGGCGCAUAUGGAAGUCAGAGUGAUGGUGGUAUUUUUCAAGUGAGUCGAUUUGGAAAGAGGUUGCUAAAUCAGAAACUUCCCAUCCCUCCAGCGAAAAACUUACCAAAUACGCAACAAAAAACUCCACACUUCAACGUUGGUGAUGCUGCCUUUCCUUUAGGGAUAAAUUUAAUGCGCCCAUACCCUGGGGGAAUGCUACCAAAUGAAAAAGAGGUGUUUAAUAAAAGGUUAUCAAGAGCUCGUCGCACAAUAGAAAACUCUUUUGGAAUACUAGUAGCGCGUUGGCGAGUUUUACUAACAACAUUACAUUUAUUUCCGGAAAAUGCAGAAAAAAUUGUUUUGGCGUGCGUUGCCUUACAUAAUUUUAUUAUGCUUAAUAACGUUAAUGAAUCUUCGUAUAUUGCAAGCAACUAUGCUGAUUGAGAGGACUCUAAUGGUGAUUUUCAUGACGGUAUAUGGCGUAGAGAAGUUGAAAGUAAUAUCCCAUCGAUUACGCAAUCUUCUAAUUUGCAUCAUUACGGUGGAAGAAGUUCUUUGGAAAUAAGAAAUAACUUAUGCAGUUUUUUUAACAAUUUUUAAAACAUUUUCUAAAAUCAUAUAUCUAACAUCAUUUCGAACUUGUUUAUUUCUUUUUUAAUAAAACUAAAUGUGGUUUAAUUAAAUUCAUUCAAUUCUUUUUAUUAAAUUACUCAAAAGAGUUCAGGUACAUGCAUUUUAUGCAUCUUUUUAUAAUAAAUAUGUACAUAUAUUUGCUAUAAAAAAUAUAAAGUAUACUAAAAAAAAAUCAGUGCUCCAUGCUUUUUAAAAAAUAAAUAAAUUAUCUUGAAUUCUUGUUUCCUCAAUAUCACUCAUCACUAUAUAGGAAUUCAUCAAUUUGCUGGGACUAGUUGAGACGCUGUGAGUCAGGAGAGGGCACAAUAGACCUUAGGUCGCGGUGCAAUCCUCAUUUAUCUAAUCUAAGAUUGUCUAUUUUCGCGACGUAAGCGAUAUAAUUCCAAGAUCAUUUUCUCCUGGAAUUCAUCUUUGACCGACACUGGCAGGUCCUUCAUUAGACACAAAACCGUCGUCAUAAAAGCCUCGUCAGUAUCACAGAUUUCAGCCGGCGCCGCCAUCUGCUUUUCUAAAUUAUUUAUAGUUGCGCCAAGCUUCUGGUAGAGACUUUCUAAUUCACUACUUUUCUUCUUCUUCUGAGGUGGCGAUGGACUUUCAGUCAAACUAUCCGUUGUUGACGAAUCCAAGACAGAUUCUGCAUUUGCUUCUGCAUUAUCACGGGUGCUGUACAAUGAAAAAGUUAUAUACAAAUAAAACAAACAAACAAAAGUUAUAUACAAAGUACAUACCGACGCGGUGUGACGGAGUCUUUUAAAAACAUCAUGGGUUUCAAAAAACGCCAUUCCUCCAAGUAGCACAUUCCGCUACCUGAUGGAGCUUCUAGCCUUUUUAUUUCCUUGCAGAAUCGCUCCCGGAGUAGCUUCCAUCUAUGUUUGCAUUCUAGAUCUUUUAAUUGAAACAAACAUAUAAAAUAUAUAAUACAAAAAUAUAUGUUCCUAUAACAGUGUUAAUACAUACCACUUUUGCCGCAUUGUUCUGCAAUUGCCUGCCAUGCUUUAUCUUUAUUUAUACGAUUAAAAUAAAAUGGAUCCCUUUUAUCGUACAAACAUUUCUUUUUUUCUACACUUUCUAUUAAAGCUUGGAUAAAGCAUUCGUCGUCCUCCAUAUUUAAAUUUAAAAUGAUUUUAUCUGUUGACAAAACACUCUUCUUCUUCUUCUUCUUCUUCAAAACGAUGUAUCUAUUGACAAAAAUAGAAAACAGCUGAUUCCGUACGGAACAUGCGAUCAGUUUCGCAUUUUGCUUAAGCAAAUGACGUUUGACAAAACUUAACGAAACUUGAUGUUAUGCACAUUAUAGUUGCAACAUACAAUUUGUGUGUAUUCGGACAGUUGCUUACGCUGGCUUAAGCUAGCUUAUUCACAUUAUAGUUAGCCCUUUAGUCAGUUGUUCUUUUUUAGAGACGCGUUUGGAAUUUAGUUAAUAUAAUAAAUAUCUUUGAAUCUAAAAGUAAGUAAAUAAUUUGAAUUUUGAAAUAAUUAAAAAAAAGAUUCUAGUAAAUAAUUUCGGAUUUGUAGUCAAAUAUGCCGCGGGGAAGAAGUCUUUCAGGGUUUGAGCAGGGACGAGCACUAGGUUUGCGUGAAAGUGGUAUGGAAAUUAAAGAAAUUUGCACAGUGUUAAACCGUCAUAGAAAUACGAUUAGUAAUUUCUUAAAAAACCCUUCAAAGUAUGCCACUAAUCAGCGUAGUGGUAGAAAAACCAAAAUAGAUGUUCGAUGCAAACGUCAAUACAACGGCUUGCUCUCGUUGAUCAAAUGAGUUGUUCAGAAAUAAAACGUCAUUUGGAUUUAGAUGUAACAAGAAUGAGAAUUUGUCAAAUUAUUCAUCAAAAUGCUAGCAUAAAACACCUUUCUAUGGUACCACAACCAGACCUUUUGCCUAGGCAUAUAAGCGCACGUUUAGCAUUUGCAGAUAAAUACCAAUUUUGGGAUGAAGAAUGGCGAAGCGUUGUGUUCAGCGACGAAAAAAAGUUUAAUCUCGAUGGACCUGAUGGUUAUAAAAAAUAUUGGCAUCAUACACAAAACCCUCGACGCACCUGUCUCCGACGAGUACACGGCGGAGGUUCUAUAAUGGUGUGGGCUGCUUUUUGUUAUGAAGGAAAAACUCCCAUAUGCUACAUAUCAACCAAAAUGAAUGCACAAAUGUAUUUAGACUUGCUCGAUAGUGAAUUGAUUGAAUUUGCAGGCCAAUUUUACGAAGACGAUUGGACUUUCCAGCAAGACAAUGCCCCGAUCCACAAUGCAACCCUUACUAAAAGUUUUUUCGAGUCAAGAAAGAUUCCGCUUUUGGAGUGGCCAGCAAAAAGUCCAGACUUAAACCCUAUCGAGGAUCUAUGGGGAAUAUUAUCUGCUAGAGUUUUCAAAAAUGGACGCCAGUUUACUACCGCAAAAGAACUCAAACUUGCAAUACAGAGAGAAUGGGCUUCAAUCGGCAUGUCAACGCUAAAAUCUUUGGUUGAAUCGAUGCCAUCUCGACUUAACCAAGUCAAAAUUAAUAAAGGAAAACAUAUUAAUUACUAACAAACUUAAUUUAUCAAAAUAUUUGAAGAAAACACCUUAUUUUUUAACAUGCACAUAUAAAUAUUUUCUAUAAAGCAUAUGUUUAAUUCUUAAUUUUGUUAUAUGCACCAAAGGAAUUUUAAUUAAUUUUUGUUGUAUGAUGUAACUAAGAAAAUAAAUACGAGGGCUGUCCGAUAAAUAACCGACCUAACCAUGAUGCACGCGACUUUUUCAAAUUUUUUUUUUUUUUAUUUUUCUACAUAGUCUCCAUGUAACUCCACACACUUCUCCCAGCGAUGCUCCCAUCUCUGCAACCCUUCCAAAUAGUACUUGGCGUCUUUGUCUGCAAAAUACGAGUUCAGGAAAGAGAUUGCCUCCUCAUUUGACGAAAAUCUCUGGCCGCCGAGCGAAGUUUUAAGUUGAGGAAACAAAAAAAAGUCGCUUGGUGCUAGAUCCGGUGAAUAAGGUGGAUGGUCAAGCAGUUCGAACCGCAAUUCGUGGGUUUUCGCCAUGGCGACUGUUGAGGUGUGAGAUGGUGCGUUGUCUUGGUGGAACAAGACUUUCUUUUUUUGCAAAUGUGGCCGAUUUUUCGAAAUUUCUUCCUUUAGCUUGUCCAAUAAUGAUGCGUAGUAUGCUCCUGUUAUAGUUUUUUCUUUUUCAAGAUAGUCGAUAAAAAUAAUUCCAUGGCUGUCCCAAAAAACACUCGCCAUCACUUUCCCAGCCGAAUACACAGCUUUAGGUUUUUUUGGGGCUGGUUCCCCCUUUUCAAUCCACUGUUUAGAUUGUUUUUUGUUUCGGGCGUAUAAUGAUGAAUCCAAGUUUCGUCUACAGUUAUCACUCGGCGCCAAAAGUCGGUCUUAUCGCCUCUAAACUGAGCCAACAGAGCGCUGGAAAUGUUCAUGCGCGCACGUUUGUGGUCUAGCGUAAGCAAACGCGGCACCCAACGCGCGGACAGCUUUCUCAUGCCCAAAUCAUGGUUUAAUAUGUGACAAACAGUUUCUUUUGACAUCUUCAUAAUCUAACUUUCCCUAACUUUAAUCCGGCGGUCGUCGUUAUCGUUAGUGGUUACAGUUUUAGGACGCCCAGGACGUUCAUCAUCUUCCAAGCUCCUGCGACCACGUUUAAAUUUAGCUGCCCAAAAUUUUACGGUGGUAAACGAUGGUGCAGAGUCACCAUACACAGAGUCCAACUCAUCUUUGAUUUGUGAAGGCGUAUUGCCUUUCAAAAAUAAAAAUUUAAUUACAGCUCGAUAUUCAAUUUGGGGAAAUCACCGAAAUAGACUCACACGUCAACAGAUAAUUGCGCAAGAUAAAUUUCUGAAAUUUUGGCGAGUAGCUAUUAUAAUAUGCACAAUUUGAAGUAGAAACUUUUUUUUUCAGAUGUGCCGCUAGCUUCACGUUGAGGUCGGUUAUUU